CUUACAUUGUGCUGGUCUGGGAAUGUGUCCGUGAUUUUGUGCAGACGUGAUUGGGACCCUUUUAGUUGGACACAGAGUGGGUGUCUGAUGGUUUAUGGGGUAAGACAGUGAUGCUAAGUCCAGGAAGAGAGUGGAGAAAAACUGUGGAAGGGUGCAAGAGAAAGUGAGGCAGUGAACAAAAGAAGGGAACUGCCAAAAAAAGUUGAUUUAUGCAGAACGGUCAUGGAAAAUUUAUACGAUGACGGUGAGGAUGAACGUAAGGAGAAACAAGGUUGUUUUGAAUGCUGCAUUAAAUGUCUUGGUGGCGUGCCGUACGCGUCACUGCUGGCUACCAUCCUGUGCUUCUCGGGUGUGGCGCUCUUUUGCGGCUGCGGGCAUGUCGCCCUGACGGGCACCCUCACCAUCCUGGAGAACCACUUUUCUAAGAUCACCACGGAUCACGCAAUGCUGACUGACAUAAUCCAGCUGAUGCAGUAUGUUAUAUACGGUAUUGCCUCUUUCUUCUUCCUGUAUGGUAUCAUUUUGCUCGCGGAGGGAUUUUACACCACCAGUGCUGUGAAGGAGCUCCACAGUGAAUUCAAGACCACCAUCUGUGGACGCUGCAUAAGUGGAAUGUUUGUAUUCCUCACAUACAUCCUUGGCAUUGCAUGGUUGGGUGUGUUCGGCUUCUCUGCGGUUCCUGUGUUCCUGUUUUACAACAUGUGGUCAACUUGCGCUGCCAUGCGCUCACCGGUGGCCAACCUCACGUCCAUUGAGACGAUCUGUGUGGAUGUGCGUCAAUACGGGAUUAUUCCAUGGAGCGCAACACCGGGCAAAGCAUGCGGCUCAACGCUUGAAGAUAUUUGCAACACCAGUGAGUUCUACCUGUCGUAUCAUCUAUAUAUUGUUGCCUGUGCUGGAGCCGGAGCUACAGUCAUCGCUCUGAUCCAUUACCUCAUGAUCCUCUCGGCAAACUGGGCGUAUCUGAAGGACGCCAGUCACCUGCACGCCUACCAGGACAUUAAAAUGAAGGAAGAGCGAGAACUGCAGGACAUCCAGUCACACUCCAAAGAAUGCCUCAAUUCGUACUCGUAAGAAUGUCCCUCACGGGGGUCAAGAGGUCAAACCAGGGACACAACGACACACACUAACCAGCUCUAACACACUAAUGCAUCUACUGCUUUCUUUGUCAACUAACAUGUAUUUUAUGUUCUUCACGUUUUAUAUACAUUUGUCCUUCUGUCGCCCUUUCUGAACCAGUGAUGGCUGGUAAAAGUGUGAAACGUUGCACUAUUCAAAAUAAAUCGUGAUCAAUAUUUUUGUGUCUUCAGGUAAAAAUAUCUAAACACCCUCUGCGACCCAACGUAGAAGAAUUGCAAAGUUUGUUUACAUCAAUUAAACAGUACUUUUAAAAUUAAAAAGUAUGUAUUGUAUCACAACAGCCGUUUUAGUGGGAAAAAAAUGGCAAUUUGAAGGUCACCGUUUGCUAAGGUCACGCAACAUUCUCCCCGAAAACAAAAUAUGCCUAAAAAUCUACAUUUGUAUAAUCAGUGACUUCCUUAAAACUCAAUCAAGGAGGAAAAUAAACAAAAUAUGAUCAAUCUCUAUGCUUGGGUCUCUGAGGCUUAAAACAAGGUUUAUUUUGUAUUUCACCAAAUUGGCAAAUAAUUGAUUUCUUGGUUUAAGAUUAAAUGUUACAAAAUUAAUAGAGAUUUUUGGUAAAAAAAAAAAAAAAAAACUUUAUGAUGAUAAUUUUUUUUUUCAAGAUGUACGUCUUGCACAAUUUUGCUUUUUCAAGUAAACGUAUCUUGUUUUAAGGAUGUUUAGAUAUUUUUGUACUAAAAUAAAAUGACAAAUCAAAAUUUUUUGCUGUGAAAAAUGAAGUGCGUUCAUUAAAGAAACUGCCCUCAAAUGACAAUAAAACAAAUGCAAAUCAGAUUCUCUUCAUAACAUGAUGUGAGUUGUCUUAAAAUAUGAAAAUAACUUUUUUUUAUUAUUAUUUUAAAUUGAUUUUUUUUUUUUCAUGUUGGCUUGAGUGCAAGUGAUUUUUGCCUCCUUUCAAAUUUGGAAACAUUUCGCUUAAUUUUUUGUCAUACUAUUUCUAAGAAGAAUAAUCGCGGAUUAUCCUGCAGUUAUUAUAAUGUGAAUAUUGUAUGAUUGAAUUGGAUCAGACUGUACAGCUGGUUUCUAUUGUUGAAAACAUGCAAAUGUUUCUAUGCAUUGACCUUAAAAUGACCUUCGACAGGCACAUGGAUUUACCCUGUACCUCACAUCCACCACUAUGUGAUGUCAUAAAGCCCAUAACUACUAUUAUUUACAGUGGAUCCAAAAAUAUUUCCUCCUUCAUUUAAACCAGAAAACAGAUUUUGAAAAACUCAAAAUGCUCUAAAAUGAAGAAAUAUUUCAGAUUUGGGACUAUUUGUAGCUCCAGCCACUAAGAAAUAGUAUCUUUCUUAAAUGACAAUUUUCACCCUAAUGUUACGUUGAUGUUUAGUAUUAAAUUAGAAAAGCAUUUUCACGAGUGCUCUCGGCAUAUCUUAAACAUCUUAAACCAUCUCAGAAGAGGAGUUUGACACUAUGCAGAAGCACAGUUUGAUUUCCGUUGAUGGUUUUACUUGUAAGAAACUCUACAGUAGUGUAAAGUGUCCCGUAGAGGCUCAUCUCGCCUCUUUUGUCAUCUUGUUGUUUUUCUUUGUAUUCUUCUUCUUUCCCAGCAGGUAAAAAUGGCACCUAUGUGAAUGCAAAGUGGAACGAAAUGUGUUUUUUGUAUGUUUGUUUUGGCGAUGUAUCACAACAAACAACAAAAUGUGCAAUUGUAAAUACUGACGAAAAUUGCCGUCCUGUUUCAUAAUAGGUUGAAGACAUUAUUAUAAUGUUUGACCACUUUUAAUGAAGGAUAAAUCUGUGGUAAUACAGCUGUGAUCAUUUGUACUGACCAAUAUUGUAGGCAUCAUUUGCCUGGCUUUUAUAUAUAUCUAUAUAAUGUGUGGUUAGUGUUUUUAUAUUUUAAUUAGAAUUAGUUUAGUUCAAGUUUUGUGUUCAUUGCUUUGUAUUAAUUAACAUACUGUGCAUUCUGAAAGUAUUCACACCCCUUCAUUUCUUUCACAUUUUGUUAUGUUGCAGUCUUACGCUAACAUGCUUUAAAAUAUUAUUUUUUCACAUCAAUGUACGCUCCAUAGCCCAUGAUGACAAUGCAAAAAACUGGUUAGCUGAAAUAUCACAUUGGCAUAAGUAUUCAGACCCUCAACGCAGUACUUAGUUGAAGCACCUUUGGCAGCGAUUACAGCCUCGAGUCUUUUUGGGUUUGAUGCGACAAGCAUUGCACACCUGGAUUUGGGGAUUUUCUGCCAUUUCUUCUCUGCAGAUCCUCUCAGCUCUGUCAGGUUGGAUGGGGACUGUCAGUGGACAGUCAUUUUCAGAUCUCUCCAGAGAUGUUCAGUCGAGUUCAAGUCCGGGCUCUGGCUGGGACCUUCAAGGACAUUCCCAGAGUUGUCCCAAGGCCACACUUGCAUUGUAUUGGCUGUGUGCUUUGGGUCAUUGUACUGUUGGAAGGUGAACCUUUGGCCCAGUCUGAGGUCCUGAGUGCAAGGAUAUCUCUGUAUUUUGCUGCGUUCAGCUUUCCUUCAUCCCUGACCAGUCCCCAGUCCCUGCCGAUGAAAAACACCCCUACAGAAUGAUGCUCCCACCACCAUGCUUCACCGUUAGGAUGGUAUAGUGCAGGUGAUGAGGGGUGCCUGGUUUCCUCCAGAUGUGAUGCUUGGAAUUGAGGCCAAACAGUUCAAUCUUCAUUUCAUCAGACCAGAUAAUCUUGUUUCUCACAGUCUGAGAGUCCUUUAGGUGCAUUUUUAUGUGUCUUGCACUGAGGAGAGGCGUCCGUCUGGUGACUCGGACAUGAAGCCCAGAUCGGUGGAGUGUUGCAGUGAUGUUGUCCUUCUGCAAGUUUCUCCCGUCUCCACAGAUGAUCUCUGGAGAACCAGAGUGACCAUCAGGUUCUUCAUCACCUCUCUUACCAAGGCCCUUCUCCCCCAAUUGCUCAGCUUUUGGAAGAGUCCUCGUUGUUCCAACCUUCCUCUGUUUAAGAAUUAUGGAGGUCACUGUGCUCUUGGGAACCUUCAAUGCAGCCGGAAAGUUUUUGUAUUCUUCCCCAGAUCAGUGUCUCGACAGAAUCCUGUCUCUGAGCUCUGCAGGCAGAUCCUUUGACCUCAUGGAUUGGUUUUGCUCUAAUAUGCAUUUACAGAUGUGGGACCUUAUAUAGACAGGUGUGUGCCUUUCCAAAUCAUGUCCAAUCAAUUGAAUAUGGCACAGGUGGACUCCAAUCAAAUGGGGCUUUUCCACUGCACGGUACAGCUCGACUCGACUCUGCUUGCUUUUUGGGGGUUUUCCACUGUGGAUAGUUCCUGGUACUUUUUUAGUGCCACCUCGGUCGAGGUUCCAAGCGAGCCGAGCCGAUACUAAAUGUGUCAUCAAAAUCCUGCAGAUCACCGAUUGGUCAGAGAGAAUCGUCACUGGAUUUGCGACACGGGACAUCAACCUGCUAGUUUUAAAGUUAGCUACAGGGACAGCAGUAUAAUUUGUUUACGCAAAUUUUGAAUUGUAAAAAGAAAUGGCUGUGCUCCGCCGUGGUCAAUAAACAAGGUGCAGACAGUCCACUCGUUGGGGACGAACGAAAUUGUCUCAGCUGUUGUUAAAAGUGACUACAGAACCAUCAAGGACCACAACAGCCGGAGUGGUUCAAACAGAAGAAAGUGGAAGUGGUUCGACCAAAUGGACACUAUCUAUGGCAAUAGACCGGCGAGCAAUGGGACGGAAAGUGCGCUGGACUCGGUCACGGCGUUGUUGGAGUCCACGAUGGAGGAUAGUAUGUGUUGUUACGUUAACUCUAUACUCUGCUUGAAUGCUUCACUUUAUUUUGUUGACCAGCUACUGGAAAGCUUCUGAAAGAACCAGCCCAAUUUAGCGGUUACACUUGUGUAAAAUCACCAUGCACAACUGCUUUAUGCAGCACAAUGAGCUAACAGCUAACAGUUAGCGGUCCUGUUAUUUUUUAUAACAGUAGAGGUGGCGCAACUAUGACGAUCAGCCUAUAAUCCUGCCCAUGUGAUGUGGCACUAAACUGCAGUGGAAAUGCAAGCUCAGAAAAGUAAAGAGAGUCAAGUUGAGUCCAGGAAAAGUGCCAAGAUAGUGUCAUAGCAAAGGGUCUGAAUACUUAUGUCAAUGUAGUGUUUAAAUUUUUCAGUAAUCUGGUUUUUGCUUUGUCAUUAUGGGGUAUGGAGUGUAGAUUAAUGUGAAAAAAAAAAAACAAUCAUUUAAAGCAUUGUAGCAUAGGAGAAGGGGUCUGAAUGCACUGUAUAUUCAUUAUAUAUGAUGCCACUUUUGUAACCUAAUAGUAUUCUGUAAUUUUUAAUUCAUUUUAGGGGAUUCCCUUUGUUUUUAUGUAAACCAUUAUAAGAAUAAAAAAAGUAAAUAAAAAUAAAUAAAAAAAAAAGCUUUUUUUUUCAUACAAGAUGAAAAACGAUGUCUGACAAUGAUGAUUUUCCCAAACCUUUAUAUAAUUCAUAACUCCCUUUUAUAAACCUCAAUCAUUUAUUAGACAAUUAUUUUUGUUUUCAUAAAUAGACCAAAAUGUAUGUACGUAUGCACACGGCAUGUGUUUCCCCAAGGCUUUAAAAACUGGUAAUAUUCACCAGUGAUGCUUGACCAUUAGAAAUCACUCAAAGUGGAUGUAGAAUCAGAUUUAAGCUCAAAACUAAUUAUUUCAUGUUCCGCUGCACUGUACAUGUAUUCAGUUCUUUGUAAUAAAAUAAAAUACAAAAAUACUUUCUAGAUAGACUUUUCUCUUUUUUAUCUGUAAAUCUCGAGAUUGUACUAUUGUUUCCCCAGUGAGGUUCCCAGACUCUACACACACACACACACACACACACAUGUUGUGUUUCCAUGUUUUAUGGGGACUUUCCAUAGACAUAAUGGUUUUUAUACUGUACAAACUUUAUAUUCUAUCCCCUAAACCUAACCCUACCCCUAAACCUAACCCUCACAGAAAACUUUCUGCAUUUUUACAUUUUCAAAAAACAUAAUUUAGUAUGAUUUAUAAGCUGUUUUCCUCAUGGGGACCGACAAAAUGUCCCCACAAGGUCAAAGAUUUCGGGUUUUACUAUCCUUAUGGGGACAUUUGGUCCCCACAAAGUGAUAAAUACACGCUCACACAUGCAUACACACACACAUACACACACACACACAUACACACACAUAUACACAUACACACACAACACACACACACACACAUACACACACAUACAUAUACAUACACAACACACACAUACAUAUACAUUCACACACAUACCACACACACACGCACACACACACACGCACACACAUACAUACACACGCACAAACAUACAUACACACACGCACAAACAUACAUACAUACAUUCAUACAUACACAUACACACAACAUACAUAUACGCACAAACACACAACACACACGCAGGUUUUUGUGUGAGUCAGAACAUUGAUAUAAACAAACAGGAAAUCAGCAGCAAACAUGCAAAUCUACACGGCGACGCUGCUGGUCUUGGAAGCGUUUCACCAGAACUCAUCAUCAGGUUCUUCAUGCAGAACUAAAGGUUUGUAAAAGUCAGAAUAAACUGAAUUAUGUCUCAUG